AACGCCCUCCAAGUUAAGAUUGCACCAUAUACCACGUAUAGCAAACAGGCAGCGGCGGCGUCGGAGGCGAUUUUGAGUGGUCCAUUAAAGGCUGUGGCAGAAUGCCUGGUCUGUCGCUUCACACGCCCACCAUACCCACAGGCAAAGCGAAGCGAAGAAGAAACAGAAGAACAACGAAGACAACGACAUCAGCGACAAAAACAUAAACAUGGCAUACCCUUCGCCGCCAAAUCAACUAUACCAAAAAGAGCAACAACAAAAACAACCGAACCAAAUAGAACCACCAAAACAUCCCAGCCACUGCGAUGGGCAUUGUCAGCAGCAGCACGACCAAUUCAGUGCCAAAAUUUGGGCAUCGUUUUUAUUGUCCUCGUCUGGCUACUCACAUUCAAUGUCGGCAAGGUCAGUGCUGUGGACGUGUCGGCGGCGGUAACCUUCCCCAACAAAGCCACUGCUACUUUACUCCAUGCAACAACAAUUCUCUCCCAUUCCGACAAUUUAAUAGCUUCCCUCUCCCAAAACGUUGGAGUUCUUCAGACACAUGGCCACAAUAAUGAAGUCCUUUAUGCAGAAAGUGAUGAAGUCACCACCAACGAUAACCGCCUUAAUUCCACACCUCCAACUCCUAUCGUAUAUCCAACAACGUCAUUUAAUGACUCCAUCACUGCCAGCAACAGCUCCUCCAAUGCCACCUUUGAUAGCGAAGUGCCCGAAAUUCCAGCAUACAUUCGCACCACUGCCAUGGUUUUGUGCAUUGUCAUCAUGCUAAUGGGUGUUAUUGGAAAUGUCAUGGUACCCAUCGUCAUUAUAAGAACCAAGGACAUGCGAAAUUCCACAAAUAUUUUUCUAACAAACCUCAGCAUAGCUGAUCUUUUAGUUUUAUUAGUUUGUACACCCACAGUUUUGGUCGAAUUGAACACUAAGCCGGAAACUUGGAUUUUGGGUCAUGAAAUGUGUAAGGCUGUCCCAUUUAUUGAACUAACCGUCGCCCAUGCCUCCGUACUGACAAUUUUGGCCAUAUCAUUUGAACGUUACUAUGCGAUUUGUGAACCUCUAAAGGCCGGUUACGUUUGUACCAAGACGCGCGCAAUUCUGAUCUGUUCACUGGCUUGGGGCAUUGCGGCCUUAUUUACGAGUCCCAUAUUUUGGAUAUCUGAAUACAAGUUCCUCGACUAUAUCGAUGGGUCUUCGGUUCCAGUGUGUCUGACGCAAGCCUUAACGAUUUGGACACUGGGUUUCUUCCUGAUGACCACCAUGGUAUUCUUCAUAUGUCCCCUGUUGAUUUUGAUUGUCUUGUAUGGGGUCAUUGCGAAGAAUUUGAUCUCAGAUACGGGAACGAUGAUGCGUAUACGACCCAUUAAACCGGAACUGAGUUUGAAGGCCCGCAAACAGGUUGUCCUAAUGCUGGGAGCAGUGGUCCUGUCCUUUUUCCUCUGCCUACUGCCAUUUCGCCUUUUGACUUUGUGCAUCAUUCUGACACCGGAUAGGAUUCACGAUCUAGGUGUUGAGCGUUACUACAAUCUCCUGUACUUUUGCCGCAUCAUGUUCUAUUUGAACUCGGCCAUUAAUCCCAUUCUCUACAAUUUGAUGUCAACAAAAUUUCGCAAAGGAUUCUACAAACUGAUCUGUUCCGUAUGGCUCAGCCUGUUCACCUCAGUCACCUGUGGUUACUGUGGGGCGUGUGGGAAAAUGAGAGGAGUCAAUGCCAUGGCCAUCAUCACUACCACAUCUAAUUCUAAUACAAACACCACCACCAAUACCUCCUCCAGUAUUUUGUCACGCAGUUCGAAUCGACGCUCCAGUGAUGAAGUUUGCAAUCGCACCCGCGUCCAGAUACAAAUGCAAAUGCCCUGCGGUAGCGAUUGUGAAAUGGUAGCCAUGCUACACAGCAAUAGUACGUCUGUGGUGGCGGCCAGUUUGCCGGCUCUCAAUAAAUACGGAGCAACGAAAGCUCAUCCCCAGCGGCGUUCGUCAUCCUCAUCGAUCCAGACGGGCGUGAAUGCCCCCUCUCUUCAGCAUUCACAUCAUCAUCAUCCGCAUCAGCAUCAUCGCCAUGUAGCUUGUAGUCGCUUGAAGGCCAAACAUGUAAGUUUCGAAGAAGAUGCUGCAAUGGCUUAAGGGCUUUAAGAAAAUGGUAUGGGACGAAGUAUGUCCCACUUUGGCCAUAGCUUUAGUUUGGCAAGUCAUUCAUUUGGAGUAGUCUUCAUUAAGUCUCCAUAUACGAGUAUUGUAUUGUGUAUUUAGUAGUAUUUAGUUUAUAUCUAUGUUAUGUCUGUAUGUAUGUAGUAGUGUAUAUAAAUGUGUACGUCUUAUCACUCAGUGUGGCAAUAUAAAAUAGAUUUGAUGAAGACGGCGACAACGUCUUAGCUGAACAUCAAA